AUGAGCUCCUCUUCUUCGGAAAACGACAGCGGUGCGGAGGAGGCUACGGUCAAUGGAGAUGACUUGAAUGUAGGGGAUGAUGCGCCGACGAGAAACGAAGAUCGCACACCCUCUGCAGGGCGCUUAGUGGAACUGUUGGAAGAAGUAAGAGAGGCUGCCCCAACACCAGAACAGCUGGGCAAUGGAUCCAACCGCUACAAAGCUGCCCGCCCGAUAGACAGCCCUUCUGAAGAUGGAUCCUUGGACGCUUUACCUCGUAGAGCUGAGAGUCCCAUAGAUUCGCUGCUGUCGAUCCCGGACGAUUCCCCUUCAGUCCAGACUCUGCAGGGCUCAGUACUCUCAUCACCUGGUGGGAGCGGCAUACUUCCGUCAGUAGCCUCCAGACCCGGUCUCGAAAGUCCUACUCCCUCCUUCCAACCCUUCGACAGGCGAUUCCAAUCCCGUCUCUCGUCCUCUAAUCUCUCCAUAUCCCGCGUCUCCUCGCCAUUUCUCAGAACCCACUCUCGCGCUGCGUCUCUGAGUAGUCAAGUAAUACCAGACCCCGGGGAUACCGACACACCAUCUCCACCAUGGGAAGUUGUACGAUGGACGAAGCUCAAGAAGAUGAACGGGCAAGCCUUUUCUGAAGUUGGCAAGCGAAAUUUCGGCGUGCCGACAUGUAUAUCAGUUUCUGCGUCUAUAGUGUUGGGGACCUCCAAAGGAAUAAUCUUAAUUUUCGAUUACCACCAGAAUCUCAAGUCAAUAAUAGGACCCGGCACCAAAGCUGUGGAAUCCGGUGCUGUGACCUCCGUUGCGAUUUCAGCGGACCACUUGAUUAUUGCAGGAGGCCAUGCCAAUGGAAGCAUCUUUACAUGGGAGACUGCCCGAGCUGCCCGUCCCUUUUUGCACAUCCCGUGUCUCGAACCUGCUCAGCUAGUCAACAGAACGCUAGAUGGACACCUUCCCAACGUUGCUGUUAGACACGUGGGGUUCCUGGGUACCAGACAUACAGCUCUUGUUUCGGCUGGUGACCGUGGCAUGGCCUUUUCACAUCUCGCAACCAGGGGUCUGGGUGCCGUUGGUCGUACUGUCAAGACCACUCGGAUACUAGGGCGGUAUCCGAACGAUGGCCCUACAACAGGAAAGCCCCGAAAGCCAAGCACUGUGCUGGCAUUUGCGCCUCUCCCCCUCGGAAAUGCCGAGAGGGGAAGUGAUACAUUAGGCCUGACCGCUAUGCUCACUCCGUAUCUGCUAGUUAUCGUGUCUACGACUCCUAUUGCUCAAACACAACACAAGGCAGCACGCCCCAAGGAAGUGGCUGCUCACAGUGCGCUAAGUGGGUGCCUGGCCUGGUUUCCAGCCGUCAAGCUGAAAGUAAGAGACCCGCAAACGGGCAGUGAUGUGUCUAAAGUAAAGCUGGUAUAUUGCUGGUCUAACGUCCUGACCUUACUGGAUGUCGACGAGGUACCAUCCUCAGAUAAAGAUGAACCGCCGAGUCUGUCGUUCAAGGCUCGGAGUAGAUGGAAAGCAGAAGAGGCUAUUGUUGCAGUCCAGUGGCUCAGUCGAUCUGUUCUGACAGUGUUGACCAUCACGCAGCGGCUGAUCAUCCUUGAAGAUGGUAGUAUGCGGAUGACCGAAGCAUUUGACCUCAUCAAUAAGCACAUAUACCACCAAGACCUGUUUUCGGAACAGUUACAUACCCUAGUUGAGCAGCUGGACGAGGAGGACGAUUCGAUGCAUGGCGUUGUAGCCGAUGCUUUCCACAUGAGCUUUAAAGCCUACAAGAGCCGAAUGUUUCUAUUGGGCUUCAACGAUGUGUCCAUUGGCACCUUGUCAAACUGGGCCGAUCGCUUGAUCGCUUUGAUGGAAAACGGCGACUACAUCGGAGCCGUCCAGCUGGCAACGUCCUACUACACAGGAGCUGCGGACAAACUGACCAUCGGUCUGCCGGAAGACACAACUCUGCGCCACUCGAUGGUGCAGGAUAAGCUUCUAGAAAUCAUGACCGCUUCAUUGAAGUUUGCGUUUGGCCAGAAGCAGACGCCGACUGUCUCUCCGGAUGCCAUUCCCCUGAGAAGCUUGGCCGAAGCAUGUUUUGAGGCCUGCCUCAGCAUUGGAGAUGUAGAUUUCCUCUUUGAGGAAGCCUACGGCUGGUACGAGGAUGGAGGCUCCGAAGGCGUCUUUCUCGAAACCCUGGAACCCCGUAUACUGGAGAAGCAGAUCCUUACCAUACCACCGACAGUUGUGAAGGCUAUGGUCACGCAUUACGUGACGAAAGGGCUGGAAAGCCGACUUGAGGAAAUGAUCUGCAAUAUGGGGACCACGACUCUCGAUAUCGAUCAAGUUACGACUUUGUGCAAACAGCACAACCUCUAUGACGCACUCAUCUACAUCUGGAAUCAAGCCCUUCACGAUUAUAUAACGCCCCUGAUAGACCUCUUAACACUUUUGAUACCCCUGGUCCAAAAUGGAGAUUAUUUCAUGAAUGGUAACGUCAUGGAGGAUCCCAUCUAUGGAGUAAACGCACUGAAAAUGUUUCCUUACCUUUCAUACACUUUCACCGGGCGAGUCUACCCUACCGGCGAGAUCCUCGGUGAACAGGAAGCUUUGGACGCCAAAGCAGAGCUUUACUGGUUCAUAUUCUCUGGCAGAACGAUUACAUGGCCUAAAUCGACCGGGCAGCCCUUCCUGACGCAGCCCACAUUGGCACACGAACCAUCGUUCCCAUACCUGCGGAUGAUCCUGAAGUUCGAUGCACCUAGCUUUCUGAGCGCGCUAAAUGAAGCUUUUGAGGACUCCUUCUUGAACGACUCGCCUGAUCGAGCUGUCAAUGGGGGUUCGAGUCGUGACCUCCCAGAGGAACACGUCUUUGGACUCUCUAUGGAUCGACAGUAUAUCAUCACAAUCCUGCUGGAAGUCAUGAAUCACGAUGACUUUGCAUCGGAAGAUACCAUCUACCUCGACAUGUUCAUCGCCCGCAACCUUCCCAAAUUUCCCCAGUACUUAUUGCUCUCAGGGACGGCAUUGCACAAGGUCCUUGCCGGCUUAUGUAACUUUCCCGGAGAGGAUCUGGCUGAUGAUGCUCAGCUGAGUGCCGAAUACCUGCUCUCAGUCUACCACCCUCCUGACUUGAAAGCAUUGAUCCCGUUGGUUGAAAAGGCUGGGUUCUACCGGGUUCUAAAGAGCAUCUACCGAUCAGAGAAGCAGUACAGCAAGCUUAUCCAGGCAUACUUUGACGAUCCAGAAGAUGGGGAUGCUAUCUUCGACUGCAUCGCCGACUGUCUAAGACCUCGCCCGGGACUGACCAAGAGACAGAUUCGAGAUGUCCACGAUGUUAUUGAACGACAUGCGAGUGAGCUUGUACAUCGCAGUGCGAAUAGAGCUGCCCAAGUUGUCGAGUCCUACGCACCCGAGCUUCAUCGGAAACUCCUGGAUUCCCUACCAGAGGACUCCGAGCUACAGUAUACUUACUUGCAUACGAUCUUCGAACCGGAAACGGGUGACGAAAGCAAACCACCCGCGCAUUCAGAGUUCACGGAAAGAUAUGUGCAGUUGAUGUGCAAGUUCGACUCCUCGCAUGUGGUAUCAUAUGUGGAAUUGGUACAAGCAAGCGACCUGCGUCUCGACAAGGUGCUGCCAUAUAUGGAGGAUAGUGGGAUUGUCGAUGCCGCUGUGGUCUUGAUGGCUCGGGAGGGCCAGUUACGAGAAGCUAUGGAUCGACUUGUCAAACACCUCAAGAAGCUCGAAGUUACACUUCUUGGGCUCUUGAACAAUUCGACUGAAGACAUGCAGUCAAUGCAUAUCGGAGAAGCUACCGAAGAUCUCUUGGGGGCAUUGCAGAAGUACACAAAUGUUGGGAUCUGGUUGUGCCAGGAUCAUAGCAGCCAGCCCACACGGACGGCAACAUCUCCCGUGCGCCGUAAACACCCACCGAGGGAUGAGCUGCUUCCAGGAGAGGCUCUCUGGCUGGAUCUUAUCGAGGCCACCGUACAAAUCACACGGAACCUCUCGGCAAGUCUUAGUGAGCUCGAAAGCACCAGAGACAUCGGUCACGAGAAAUUGCUGGCUCAACUACGGACUCUUGUGCAGCGAACUUUUACGGCUUUGCUUACCUCAACAUCCACACCUUCCCCUUCAGGUGCAAGCCUCUCAUUUCUUCGCAUCCUCCGGGCUUUCCUCACCCGGGCCUCGAUCUCCUCCCCCAAUCUCAGCGAUCUUCGCGCUGUCCUCGCCUCGAUAUUCUCCGCCUACGCAUACGAAGAGCGGAUCCUCAGUCUGGCGAACCGUCUCCUCGACAAAGACCUCUUCGUCAACGUCCAAUCCGCCACGGCGCUCCGGCAGCGCGGCUGGAGACCUCGCGGCUCUACAUGCGAGGGCUGCGGGCGCCGAGUCUGGGGCCCUGGCGUCUCGGGCAACGUGUUCUGCAAGUGGGAAGAGAGGGAAGAACGAGACUUGGAACGCAGGAGCGAACGGAGAUCAGAACAAGCUGGCGGAGCCGCCCAGCGCGGGAAGGGCAAAGCGCCUACACGAAUUCCGAGUCGAGUCAGAGGUGCUGUUGAGGUGGCCAAGGGGAAAGGCCAAGGUACGGGAACCGAUGCCGGGGGGGCGGACGACGAGCAGCUGGUCGGUCCAGAGGGGACGGCGGACCUGGGACCGCUGGUGCUGUUGGCCUGCCGGCACAUCUAUCACCAGAGCUGCCUGGAGAGCGUGCAAGGCGAUGAUAGAGUGCCUGCGGACGGGAGGGAUUUCAGGUGUCCGAUUGAUGGAUGA